AUGGCGGACUCUCAGAGCCCCGAGGCUCGCGAGUUGAGUCUGAUAGGCAAAGUGGAAUUUCGAAUCGCCAUGGCAGAUACCGAUGAGAAGCUCCAAUCGCUACUCCAGAUCUACCUGCCGCCAUUGCUACUGAAAUUGUCAUCUGACAGUGUGGCGGUUCGCAACAAAGUGAUCGCCGUGUGCCAGCAUGUCAACACUCGGGUGAAAGCCCCCACCAUUCAACUUCCGGUCGCAGCGCUACUGAAGCAAUUUAAAGAACAAAAGUCUCAAUUGGUUAGGCAUUUUGACCUGAUUUAUGCUCAACAAGGAAUCGACCGACUGGGCUCCGAUGCUAGAGUCGAGAUCCUAUUGCCCUUGCUACAGGGAAUUGCCGAGAUCGGAACAUCAGUUACCCAGGGUGCUAUUGUGUUCAAUCUGGUACUGCGGCUCUUACCUCUUUUCAAGAUACCAUCAAAGGGCAGCGAUGAGGACCAAAAGCUGAAACAACGCCUAGGUCUAUUAGACCAAGAUUCCCAGUUCUUAUCUUUCUGGUUAGGGAAGCUCCUCAUUCUUUCCCCCGCGAUCUCAGGGGCUUCAACAUGCCCAGGACUUUCCACAGAAGAGUAUACUUUUCUGACCAAGGGCGCAACUGCGGAAGAAACAUGGAACCCUGCUACCCCUGGAGGCUUGAACCUGACCGAGACCAAAGUUAUCGCUCUCCGCUUCCUCGGAAGUGGGGCGUUUGCGGAUUCUCAACGUUUCCUGCCUUCGCUGAUCGCCUCGGCGGACGCAAACUCCCGCCUUGCUGAUCUGGGUGACGAGACUCUCAAGAGAUUUGCUGUCGAUCUUGAAGAUUCGACGGUCGUCCAGCAACUGUAUGACCUGUAUUUUGGUGCACAGGGGGCACCACCUGUGCGCGCUCCACUUCAAGUGAAAGCUUUGGUGUUUUUAGGCAAAUCUAUCAAAGCUACUGAAGAUACCCAGCGGAUCUAUAAACUCAUUGAAGACGGACUCCUUUCAGACGCUGCGAGGUCCGCUCAAGGACUCCAGGCGUCAAAAUUAAGAACUCAAAUUUUCACAUUUACCACUUGGGUGGUCCGCAUGGGAUCCCCAACGGAUCUUAAACAAAUUGCACCAAAGUUGAUUGCUGGAUUAAAGGAUUUCAUUCAGUCCCAGACAUGGCCCAGCCCAAGUGCCAGCGGACAGAGACUACCUGCCACGGAUUUGAGCCUCCGAGGCCUUGCCUACGAAAGCAUUGGCAUCCUUGUUCCCAAGGUGGACUUUCACAUGCAAGGUGAAGCUGUCGAAAAUUUUGAAUUUGAUUUGGUCAGAUGGCUCUUUACUUCACUCAGCGCGGACGAUUCGAGCCCACAGAUAUUCGUUAGUAUUGACCAGGCACUUGGAAGUAUCCUGAACUCUUCCUUGAAUAGUCAUGAUCAAGGCUUCCAGAAUCAAUUGCGCCCUUUCCUUGUCCAGCAGAUGAGCUUACACCCUGGAGACGUUCACCCCGAAACCGGAUUUACGGUUGUCCGAGGCGUGCAGUAUGCUGCUGUACGGUUUGCGAAUCGUUUUCUGCCAUUCAAUGAUGUUAUUGCUCGUUGGGUUGAUUUGAUGGCCAUUGCGAGAGGCUCCGAAAGACAACAAGAGAUUGUGGAGGAAGGCAAGAAAGGUCUUCAUCCAUACUGGUUCCGACUCCUCAAUCCAACCAAAGAUCAAAAAUGGACCGCCGCUAAUACCGCUCCGAAGCGAGAUGAGUCCUGGUUUGAAUUCCCAACUUUUGCUGAAGCUACUCGUUUUCUGCUUGCCGCUGAAGAGCAGGAUGUCACCGUGGCUGUCCAGGCUUUUUCUACGCCAAAACUUCUAACGGGCCCCUACAAACAUGCGUUUGCGCCUGCUUUUUCAUUUCUUCGCAACGCCUUGCUCUGUGAAGCUUUCUCGGCAGCCGGGAUUGCGACUGAUCUGGACGAGGAUUGGGAUUAUAAGCUUGAGGUUCAGCUCUCCACCAGCGAAGAUGCGCGAUCUGCUGUCCAACAAUACAUCCGCAGUAGUGCGAAAGAGCCCGUCUUUACGUUUUUGUCCGGUAUGCUUGAUGGGCUUGUCAGAGAGGACCUAACAAAUCUACGACAAUGCGGCGUCCAUUUUGUGGAAAUUUGUUCUUUAACCCCUAAUGAUGUUGUCGCAAAAUUGCUUUCCCGGACGAAGUCUUUGAUCAAGCCCAUCUUCGGCAACAAUCAAGAUAUUCAGGAACUAGCAGCUCGCUCGUUCGGAAUUCUUGCGUCGCAUCCUUCCCUUGCUGAUGAAGAGCUGAGAGGGUUUGUGACACAAUUGACCAGUACUAUCGAGUCAUGGAACACGGCUAUCGGCCAAACUGCUCUUCGAGUCCGAGGAGCAGUUGUAGCAAUGUCUUAUCUUCUAAGCCGCCUUGCCUAUCGUGGCCUUCUCAAUAAGAUCCCCGAAAAUCAGGUCAAACAUUUCAUCGAAACAGUUCUGGACAUUGUUGAUGUCUCGCGUGAUACCCUUCUUCAGCGAACCGCAGAGAUGUCUCUCGGUAAGCUGGGUUUGUCGGGUAUCUUAUCUGUGCAAACGCUGCCAGAUGAUGGCUGGAGGAAAGUUCAACAGAGACUCUCAAAGGAUGCCAAGUCAGAAAAUGAUACGCCCAUCAGUGCCCUGGGCCUUGUGGCAUUGACAUUUGCUCGAGAGCCCUCGGCUUCUUCGCUUCUUCGUGAUUAUCUGGAUUCGCUGUAUAGUUUGCAUGAAAUCAAGAGUUCGGAGGUUCAAUUUACAGUGGGCGAGGCGUUAAGUAACGUUGCGGUCGGGUGGGCUUCCCGGGCUCUGGUACAGGAAUUUGAUGUGGAUUCAGAGUUCCCAGAGUCCGACGUACCGCGAACGGUGUUUGCUGACGUGUGUGACAAAGUGAUCACCAACUGCGUGGCGCCCAAGCCAUCUCUUCGGAAGGCGUCCGCCAUCUGGCUGCUUUCGCUCGUCAAAAAUUGCGGGCACCUGUCAGAGAUGCAGGAACGCCUACGCAAAUGUCAAGCCACAUUCGCUAGUCUUCUUGGGAACCGGGACGAAGUAGUACAAGAGACCGGUGCACAUGGACUGAGUCUGGUCUACGAGAUUGGUGACCAGGCUCUGAAAGAUGAUCUGGUCCGUGAUCUUGUGGACUCAUUCACGGCAACGGGCCCCAAUCUCCGGGGUGGCAAUGUCACAGCGGACACUCAGUUGUUUGAGCCGGGUGCUCUGCCAACGGGCGAGGGUUCAUCUGUCAAUACCUACAAGGACAUUAUGAGCCUGGCUGCCGAAGCGGGCGAUCCUACCCUUGUAUAUCGAUUCAUGUCAAUGGCCUCCAAUAAUGCCCUUUGGACAAAUCGGGCAGCCUUCGGUCGGUUCGGAAUCAGCACCAUCUUCUCCGACUCCAGUGUCAACGGUUAUCUGGCGCAAAACCCUAAAAUCUACCCCAAACUUUUCCGAUACCGCUUUGAUCCUAACCCAAAUGUACAGCGGUCUAUGAACACCAUCUGGCAAGCCCUUGUCAAGGACCCCACCGUUGUGAUCGACACUCACUUUGAUUCAAUUGUCAAGGAUCUCCUAAAAAGCAUGCUCCAAGGGCGCGAGUGGCGUGUUCGACAAGCAAGCUGUGCCGCCGUUGCGGAUCUAAUUCAAGGCCGCCGUCCGGAAGUGUAUGCUGAAUAUCUCGACGAGAUCUUCAGCAAUGCAUUCAAGCUUUUGGAUGAUAUCAAGGAGUCUGUACGAGUUGCUGCCCUCAAGCUCUGUCAGACCAUCACCAACUCCGUGAUCCGCACGCUAGAGACAAGCGGCACGGAAAAGCGCGCAGGCGCGCUCCUCGGCAGUGCCAUUCCGUUCCUUCUAAGUGACAAGGGGCUUGAUUCUAGUGUGGAGGAUGUACGGGGGUAUGCCAUCGGUGCUCUUGUUCAGAUUAUUAAGAAGAGCUCUGGCACACACCUCCAUCCAUACGUCCCCGGCAUUCUUGAAAAAUUCUUAACCUCGCUCAGUUCUCUUGAGCCACAGGCCGUUAACUACGUUCAUCUCAACGCCGACAAAUAUGGACUUACGGGUCAAGAAAUUGACAAGAUGCGCCUCUCGAGUAUUCGGACAUCGCCGAUGAUGGAAGUCAUCGAGCGAUACUUGAUUGACCACUUGGAUGAGAGCAAUUUGCAGGAUCUGGCCCCUAAACUAGAAGAAGUUCUCCGCUCUGCCGUGGGUCUUCCAUCCAAAGUGGGUUGCAGCCGCGUCCUAGUCCUGCUGAGCAUGAAGACCCUUCUCUUCCGCCCCUACGCCGACCGAUUUAUUCAAGUCCUUUGCAAGUACGUGGUGGAUCGAAAUGAAACAGUGAGCGCGUCAUACUGUACCUCCCUCGGCUAUCUUAUGCGACUCGCAUCCGACGAGCGGGUCCUGAAGACCAUUGAAUACGCCAAGACCCUCUAUUUGGGUGCAGAUGAUGCCACCAGCCGAACGGUGGCUGCCGAAAUUCUGUAUUCCUCGUCCAAACUUUCAAACGACCGUUUCAUGGCGUUCGCUACGGCUGCACUCCCAUUUGUGUUUGUAUGCAAGCAUGAUGCAGACGAGCAUGUGAAAGAGGAGUUUGAAAAGACGUGGCAAGACAAUGUGGGUGGCUCUCGCGCAGUAGCCUUGUACCUUCGGGAGAUCGUCAGCCUCGUAUCCGACAACCUGGAUUCGGCGCGGUGGGCCAUCAAGCAUACAGCAGCACGUGCCAUGGCACAGGCAGUGCUUGCACUAGAGGUGGAGAUUGAUCUCCCAACGGCACAAUUGGUCUGGCCCGUACUAGAGAAGGCAUUGGCGGGGAAGACUUGGGAAGGGAAAGAAGUGGUUUUGACAGCACUGGUUAAAUUUGCCCGUCAGGGACAAGCGCUAUGGACGGAGCGGCCGGACCAAGGCGAGCUGAUGAAGACCAUAGCCAUCCGCGAAGCGAAGCGAGCCAACUCCGCGUAUCGGCCGCAUGGGUUACGGGCGCUGGGUGAGAUUUCCUUGGUUCGGGACAGCGAUUUUAUGCCCCAAGUGCUUCAGAUUGUACCCCCCGUGGUUGAGGAAUUCGAGGACGGGAUGGAGAUAGAUUCCGGGAAUGGGCCAGACUCGAACGACACCCUUGCGGCGUGUGUGCAGUGCCUCCUGCAAUGUCUAAACCCCGCUACGGCCGGUUCGGGCGAAGGUCAGUUGCCCUAUGGGAACCCCCUAGCGUCGGCCCAGCUAAGCCUAACCACAGUGCUGGGAGGAUACAUACAACAGGUGAUCGGUCCGUUGGACCAGGCCCUGACCCACGGGGGACGACAGGUCGUCAGCACGGUCUACCAGGAGCUCCAAGCGUUCUUUCUCCGAAUUGAUCGGUGGACGGGGCCCGGUGAACAGGUGUUGGCGGGCCCGAUGAGCGAUCUAGCAAAAUUGCUUGCCCAAGACCGGAACGCAGUUGAAGUGGUCCGCAAGGGUCGUGCAGAAGCCAUUUUGGCGUACCUGAAACUGCGACCUGUAGUGCGUGACGUGCCAGCCAAUUUCGGUGACAUGCUUCAGGUGUGGAGAACAAGCGAACGAUCGAAUACGGUCCAACGCAUACUCGAUGAGGCCCAGGCGCACAUCUCGUAG